AUGGAAGAAAAUUUGAUUCCCUCUCGCAGUCGAUGGUCGAUUGCAGGAGGGAAGAGAAUGAUAAGGGGUGCUGCCACACAAAUGAAAAAGAACCGAAUUAACAGCGUGUUGUGUCGGUGGAUCAAUCCCAAAUGGUGGAGCAAGGGUCGGAAGAAAAUUACCUGUUGCUCGAGUCGUUGUGGAUGUUGUUGGAGAAGAGGGCGGCGGGACGAACAACAAAGAACAAAAGGAGGAGUUGAACGUUGGAGGCGAUGGCGGUUGACAAUGGAAUCAAGGAAGUAUAGCAACAGGAAAACAACUGGUAGGCGUAAAAGACAAUCGGUGGAAAGGCAUAUAUGCCAAAAAAAAAAAGCGGGAAAACAAACACGUAGAUACCAGGGGGCAGUGGCAAAGACACAUGCUUCUGAUUCAAUUGACUGGAAUAUCGGCUUGCAACUAAUAAUUCCGCGUUUAAAGUUGACGACAGCCAGAUUCGCGUUGGCGUUUCGAAUGUGGUUGUAG